UUUCUCUUGGGAUACUGAGCAUAUCUAGUGGUCUAUUUACACCCAUACGUCGGCACACUACAUAACGACUAUCUUGUUGUACCUUGUUCUGCCCCACUUCUUCUCCAACCGAUCCCCAUCCAUACUCAAUCCCACUUCGAAUCUCUCUACUCUCUACACCUCUCUACACCUCUUGUCACGACACUACCAUGGCUCCCUCAGAUUUGGACCAGCUCAUUGAAAUGGGCUUCGAUAAGGAACGAGCCGAGUUGGCCGUUACCAAUGGCGGUGGCCUCCAGGGCGCUUUGGAAUGGCUCGAAGCGAAUCAAGACAAAUCUUUGGAGGAGAUAAAGACUGAGUCCAAGAAUGAUGAUGAGGAAGAGGGCCCUCAGCUCCAACCGGGCGAGGAAGCUAGGAGCCUGGUCUGCAACGAAUGUGGAAAGAAAUUUCGAAGCCAUGCGCAAGCAGAAUUUCAUGCCUCUAAGUCCCAGCAUGUGGAUUUCUCUGAAUCUACGGAGGAACUCAAGCCUCUCACGGAUGAUGAAAAGAAGGCGAGACUCGAAGAUCUCAGACAGAAGCUGGCAGCGAAGCGAUCAGUGCAGUCUGCGCAGGAUAAGAUUGACCAGAAGAGAAAUGAAGAAAUUCGGCGAAAGAGCACGAAAGAAUCCCAAGAUGUGAAGGAGGAGCUCCAGAGGAAGCAAAUGAUGAAGGAAGCAGAGAAGAAGAAACAGGAGAAGCAGGCAGAUAUCGAAGCGAAACGACGUGUCAAGGCGAAGAUCGAGGCUGAUAAAGAAGAGCGGCGACGGAGGGCUGAGCGGGAGCGCGCAGAACGAGCAGGUGUAGCACCUCCAGCUGAACCAGCUUCUGCUCCAUUGGCCACAAGUUCGGGCCCUUCUACAUCGAAGCCCGCAUCUGCCUACACCGAAACUCGUCUGAGAUUCCAAACCCCUAAGGGAAACAUUCUGAAGACGCUUCCUGUCACGACCACGCUGUUCGAGGUUGCUGCGGCUCUCAAACAGGAAGACGGCAUUGACGUGCAGAGUUUCUUGCAGACCUUCCCAAGAAAGGUGUUUGAUUCUGAAUACUAUGGGGAGUCACUAAAGGACCUUGGCCUUACGCCCAGUGCAAGCCUCGUAGUCCAGUGAAUGGCUCUUGUUGGAGGUCUCGGCCACGGACAGGAGUAAACAUUUGUCGAGCAUAGUAUUAGCAAGAAAAACAUUGAUACCACGAGAGAAUCUAUCGAACCAACUAUAGCCAAAAUUCUGAUGGGUCUGGUCCCUGACAAUAUAACAUCUAUUAUCACGUGAUAUCGCGACAGUCGGAUUCCGUCACGCGUCGAGCUACACAAUUGACUU